AUGGACGUUGUUCGACUAACCGAUCUAGCGCUGCGGAGAAUCAUCAAAAUGGCCAAAGAACUGUCAUACUUCAGCGAACUUUCGCAAGACGAUCAAAUUGCACUACUUAAAGGUUCCGGAAUUGAACUAUUAAUACUUCGAGGCGUCAUGGUUUUCAACCCCUCUCAAGACGUUUGGGAUCAUAUAAUCACAAGAGGUCAAAACGGUAUGCGAAUAAAAUUGGAUAUACUCAAACGAGCCAAAGAAAAUCAGCAUUACGAGGAACAUAAAAAAUUUCUUCAAACAUUCAACGAACGCUGGCGCCAAAACGAAAAUGUAAUGCUGCUACUGAGUGCCAUUGUGCUAUUCCGCCCCGACAGGCCCAAUGUGAGGGACUUUCAAACUGUAUCACGCAACCAGCAACAGUACUACUCUUUGCUCAAAAGAUAUCUACAACUACAGUGCUCCAGCGACGUCGAAGCAGAACAAGCAUAUGACAUGCUACUAAGGAAGCUCAUAGAUCUGCACCAACUCAGUCAAGGCGUGAUGCGAAUUUACUAUGACUUGAACGUCAAUGAAAUGGACCCCUUGCUACUAGAAUUAUUCGACAUAACAAAACGCUAA